AAAUGGUCACAAUGGUCUGGCUUGCCUAAGCUAAGUUAAGACAAUAAACAGUGCGAGCUUUUUCAAUCUAGAUGAAAAUCUGUUCAGUAUUUGUGCACGAGCUGUUGUUUUGACUGUGAGCCGAUUCAGAACAAGAGGAGCAGACUUUCCUUUUUUUUUUUUUUGUUGUUGGUGACUGACUGUCGUCCGAUGUUAAUGUCGACCGACGUUGCAUCUAUAAUGCUUCCCGUUAAUCGGGGAAUAAUGGACCACGAGAGGGACAUUGAUCCAGCGGCCGCGGGGCCAGCGGUUGUCCGGGGGAUGAAGCGCGGAGACCCGGAGCCCGACGCCCAGACCGCCGCUGCCCUGGCUGACCUGGCCGGGGCGGAAUGCAAAAGACCACGGAUAGACGGGACCGGGAGCGUGGUUGGUGACAUCGGACAGAACGACGAGCCUUUGAACCCUGGUUACCAUGGAUACCCACCUCACAGUCAGGGCUCUCAGGACUCGACCGGAGGACAGGAGGGUCUGGUCGCCCCGCCUUUUGCAACCUUCCCCCCUCCACCUCCUCCUCAGAAUGGGCUCCCGGGAACAGAGUUUGUUCCGGGGCCCAUGUUUGGCAGUGGGGGCCAAGGUACAGCAGAGGUAGGGGUUGGUACUAACGGAGCCACCACCACAACCAGUAACAAUUUAAAGGCAGAGGAGACGUCUCAGGGUGAGUUGGGUGCACAGUGUGGUGCAGGAGGUGCAGUAGCAGGAAGCUCUGCAGGAGACCCCACAGAGGCCAAAGGGACACCCAAACGCCUCCACGUCUCCAACAUCCCAUUUCGCUUUCGGGACCCAGACCUCAGGCAGAUGUUCGGGCAAUUUGGGAAGAUUCUGGAUGUAGAGAUUAUUUUCAAUGAGAGGGGUUCAAAGGGUUUUGGCUUUGUGACAUUUGAAAACAGCGCAGACGCAGAGAAAGCCAGGGAAAAGCUCCACGGCACGCUGGUGGAAGGUCGGAAGAUUGAGGUGAAUAAUGCCACCGCCAGGGUGAUGACUAACAAGAAAAUGGUCAGCCCCUACCCUAACGGAGAGGCUCUCAGCACGCUUCCCUAUGCAGGGUGGAAACUGAGUCCCAUGGUGGGUGCUGUGUACGGACCAGAACUUUAUGCAGUUCCAGGGUUUCCCUACCCUACAGCAGCAGCAGCCGCUGCCACAACAGCAGCCGCCGCAGCUUUUCGCGGUGCCCACCUGAGGGGCCGAGGCCGGCCUGUUUAUAGCGCCAUGAGGGCUGCUGUGCCUCAGCCAGCCAUCCCCGCCUACCCCGGCGUGGUGUAUCAGGAUGGGUUUUAUGGAGCUGCAGAGUUAUAUGGAGGCUACCCUGCUGCUGCUGCCGCUGCUGCUGCCUAUCGCUACGCUCAGCCUGCAGCCGUAACCGGAGCAACCGCCGCAGCAGCCGCGUACAGUGACAGUUACGGCCGAGUGUACACCACAGACCCGUACCAUGCUUUAGCUCCAGCUGCUGCUGCUUACGGAGUUGGAGCCAUGGCCAGUUUAUAUCGAGCAGGAUACAGUCGGUUUGCUCCGUACUAAAACCCCAAACCACACCCGAGGAAUUUCUUUUUGCUCCAAACCCCCUUCUGCUCCUGCUCAGUACUUGGCAGGAGCUCCCCUCCAUUUUCCUGCAGGCAGACUCUAGUGACAACUCAUGUGGGUUUUUUAUUUUUAUUUUUUUGUUUAGUUUUGUUUUUUUUUUGGUGGCGAGAAGAGCCAUUGCCACAUCAUCAAGUCCAACUCCGUCUGUACUCUUCUGUCUGUCGCUGACAUGGAAUCAAAGAAGGAAAGAAACGCCAGGAGAGUCUCUGACAUGAAACUCUGGAGUCUACUGCGUUGAACUGAGGAGUAGGAUUAAAAAAAAACACUAUGGGAGCCGGGAGGAGAGAGACUGAUCUUCCUGUGUGAUCCAGCACACUGCAAACCUUUCCCUCUCAGAGUCCCAUCACCCAGUAUAUGAACUUCCUGUAAUCCGACCUGUACAGACACAGUUACAUUCAGCUCCCACUCUAUGGUUUCCUCUCUUUUCCUCCAACGUUCUACUGAUAGAACUGCUAGAACACUACUGUAAAAAGGUACUUCUGUUUUUAAACACUAAAACGUCAAUCAACUACACAAUUAUGUUCCAUGUAAACAAUAAUACAAAGGAAUGCUUAGUACAGAAGAAAUAGGAAUAUUUUAUUUUAUUAGGUUUUAUUUCCGAAAGUUUGAUUAUUUGGUUGAGCUGAAACUUGUC